UAGUGCUAACUAAAGAUUUGGAUUCAACUUAUAACUACUACAACGGAUCACUUUCGGAUUAUUUGAUUGUGCGCGAGUUUCCAAAACAAACAACAUCAACAACAAACACCUCCGGAAUCAUCACCUCCUCCAGCUCCACCUCCAGCAACACCAUCUCCAUCGUCAUCUCACCCACUGUGUCACUCUGUCGAUCGGAUCGUUACUUUAAGAUUUGCUUUAUAGUUUUAGUUAAAAGCAAAAAUUAAUAUUAAAUGACAGUGCACAGUAAUGAAACCGGUAUCAGUUUAGUAAUGAAUGCCGUUUCAACUCACCUUGCCACCUCGUCGCCCAACACGCCUCCAAUCAACGCUCCACAGAGUCCGCCCUCGACGCUGCCCACGCUCGCCUGCCCCGCCGCCCAGCCACUCAGUGCCCCCGGUAUCGGUGUCGGUCUAGGAGGCGUCUCCGGACCCGGACACAGCGGCAUUAGCAUGGUUACAUCGACAGUGCCGCCGGGUGCUCGCUCCACAUCGCCGUGCGGCCCGGUUGCCGGUCUUCCCGCCGGACUUCCAGUUGUCGGGGCUCCGCCUCCGGGUCCACACUCCUCCGCCCCGGGAGCGGCGCCGGCGCCCGGCUCGGGAAAUCCCCCGCCCAACCGCUGCUGUGAUACGGGUCGCACCAUCUACACGGAUCCGGUCAGCGGCCAGACGAUCUGCUCCUGCCAGUAUGACAUGCUCAGCUACCAGCGACUAGCGGCCGCCGGAGGCGUACCGCUCGGCGUCUAUCCGGAGGGCAUGUCCGCCUACCUCUCCGGCAUUGCAGCGGAUCAGCCGCCGUUCUACGCCAAUCCGGCUGGCAUCGAUUUGAAGGAGAAUCUGGUGGCCGGAGCAACACCCUGGCCAUAUCCAUCGAUGUAUCAUCCGUACGAUGCGGCCUUCGCCGGCUAUCCGUUCAACAGCUACGGCAUGGAUCUGAACGGAGCCAGGAGAAAGAACGCCACCCGCGAGACCACGUCCACACUGAAGGCCUGGCUGAAUGAGCACAAGAAGAACCCCUACCCCACCAAGGGCGAGAAAAUAAUGCUGGCCAUUAUCACCAAGAUGACGCUGACGCAGGUGUCCACGUGGUUCGCCAAUGCGAGAAGAAGACUGAAAAAGGAGAACAAGAUGACCUGGGAGCCAAGGAACCGGGUCGACGACGAUGAUGCCAACAUCGACGACGACGACGACAAGAACACGGAGGACAAUGAUCUGCUAGAUGCCAAGGAUUCGGGUGUGGGCUCCACGGACGACAAGGACCGUUCGGGACGCCUGGGUGACAUGCUGGCGGAUCGGCCGGGAGAGAGCAACAACAGCGAAUGGUCCGAAUCGCGGCCCGGAUCUCCCAAUGGAUCUCCCGAUCUGUACGACAGACCCGGCAGCAUGCCGCCGGGCGCCCAUCCGCUCUUCCACCCCGCCGCACUGCACCACCACUUCCGACCGCCGGCCGGCUCGCCGCCAGACAUCGCCGCCUAUCACCACCACCAGCAACAGUUGCUGCAACAGCACCAGCAGGCGCAGCAGAACUCGCUGCAGACGGCGGUGGGCGGAACGGCGAAGCCCCGCAUCUGGUCCCUGGCCGAUAUGGCCUCCAAGGACAGCAAGGAUUCUAGUUCGGGGGCCAGCAAGGAGAGCCUAGCCGCAGAGCUGCCACCCACGCAUCCCGGAUUCUAUGGACAUCCCGGCCAGCAGCCGUCACCGGGCAAGAUCCUGUCGCCUUUGGCCGCCAGAAUACCCAAUUAUGCUCCCUAUGUGCGCCCGGACUUGUACCGUGGAUUCUAUGGCCCAGCUGCUGCGCAUCUGAGUGCACCGACGCAGGAGUUUCUGGAGCACCAGAGGACCUUCGGCGCCAGUCUGGCGGCCCACAACGGACCGCUCGGAAUGAAUCCGCUCUUGUGGAAAGCGGCUGUGUCCGGAGCGGCCAAUGGCCCUCACUUUGCCCCCCUGAGCUUGACGACAACGGGCAGUGGCGGACCCGGCGGUGUGGCACCGCCUGGUCAGGUGGCCCCGCCCCCAGUGGCCUCGCCCUCCGCCUCCAGCUCAUCCUCGUCCAUGGGCUGCGACGUGGUGCACAUACCAACCACGAGCGGCCAGUCAGCGGCCCAGCACAUGAUGGGCCCAAUCUCCAGCAACUCCACCGCCUCCUCGUCCAGCUCCCACUCCGGCAAAAUCUCGCCCGGGGUGAAUGUGACCUCGCUGAGUGCAAAGCCAUGACAUCCAUCGGCUUCCCCGGACCCGACGGACCAGGCUGAUUCAAUGGCGGCCGCCGCAGCUGCCGCCAACUCCCCUAUUUCCGCCUUCCGUUCGCUGAUCGCCUUCCGGGAGCAGCAGAAGCUGACGCUCCUGCGGCCAUAGUCACUGAAUCCAAUCCGAUUUUGGUUCCGAUUCCCGGGCUUGAAAGGUAUAUAUUUACACUUUCGGACAAUAAUUUACAAUGUGAUUAUUCGGUAUUUUGAUUAACGCCGCUUAUACCAAAUAGCAAGCAAAAAAAAAUUAAACCCGCUGAAACGCAGCGGUUCCUUUGACACGGGUCCCUUCCACUCAAAAAAAAAAAAAAAACAAAUAAAUACAGAGAAAAAAAAAACAAAAAAUACAAGGAAAUAUAUAUACAUGCAUAAACGUAUAUAGAGAAAAAUCGAAAAAGUGUCGAAAAUGAAAAAUCGAAAACCCAAACCGCUGCCCCAGACGUUGUGCAAUUUUGUGGAGAAGAUAAUCCAAAAACCAUUUGAAGAUACGUUAAUUUAAUUACAUACAACUUAUGCAAUCAGAGCUUAUAGGAUGUAAAUUGGAAAGAUAUAGCAGGGGCGACAUCAAUGAAUAACAAAUAACAUACUAUCCGACUAUCCGACCACAAAAAAAAAAAAAACUACAAACGGCAAAACCAUAACAUCCGCUAAAUAAUAGAAGCACAAUUCUUUAACAGCAUUGCGAACAACUUAUAUAGUUCACUAAUUACCCAUUAUUUUCCUAUAAGUUUUGUGUCAUUUUCCAACAUAAUAUUCAGUUAGCGGUCACCGUUAAUCAUAGCCCUAAGCAAGGACCCUUAAACAUAUCAAUUCAAGUUUGUAACCCCCUUAUAUAGACAUCCUUCCGCAGAAUGCCCCAAAACCCAAGCCAAAUGUACACGAGCAAUCAUUGAUUUAGCUGUUAUUGUUUUUAUCGUCUUAAGUUAUCAAUUUGUUCCUGUCGUUUAUAAAUUUAAUUUAUUUUACAUUGUGUGUAUCAUAAUUUGGAGUGUAAUUAUUUCCUAAGCUAGAUUUCCAUGUAUUUGCUGUACUUUAUGCACAAGUUGUAAGUAUAUAAGCUCGCGUAACUGUAGCGCCCUAAGCGUAGUGUAAAUUAGUAAAACUGUAUAUACUUAUAAUUAAAGAACGAUAAUGAGACACAUUAAACAAAAGCCACAAUUAUUGGUAUAA